ACGAUGUCAACUCGGAACCUACUUCGUCACAUCUUUCGCCACAGUCCACGAGAUAGGGUUACUGAAGAUGCACUGCCGCUCGGUUUGAGGAAAUCGGCUCCGGAACUCUCAGGUGUUGCUACCGACAGCGAACGCGAGCCCGCAGUUUCCAAGAUCAAACAGAGCGCUACUUCCAGCACCACCACACUGCCACCGAAGACGCCUGAGCCCUUCGGUCUGGAAGAUAUCGCCGAAGAAGACAUUGUUGACAUCCCAUCCCCGAUCGAGACUGCCUCGUUGGCAGAAACGCUUGCUUCACUCGACCUCGAGAUCAGCACCUUCUCCACGCGCGAGCUUGUCCACGCUACGCUCGACGAGGCCAAGACGGCAGCUAGCUCUCAUCUUGACACGAUCAACACGACACUAGCAUUGUUGGGGGCCCUCGAUGGCUUUAGUGCGACGAUUUCGGCGCUGAGGAGGGAGAUGUUGGAGAAAAAGCAGGCAUGUGAGGAGAAGAUGGUAAUGUUAGAUGCUGUCGAACGGGCAGUUGAG